AAUACCUGAGUCAAGUCGCCUCGGUUCGCUCUACUAUAUAAGCUUCCCCCGCUCCCCUGUUUUCCACCACCUUGGCUGCCUUCAUGUAUCCAUUCCUUCCUUUGCCUCUUAAUUCCAUUCUUGGAUUAAUCUCUCGUUGCGGUAUUUCAUUUGGAGGAUUAUCAGCAAGUUUUUACCAGAUCUGUUAAUUCUCGAGCAAAUUAAGAUACAUGGUCAGGCUGACAAUGGAUGUCGACCAAUUUAUGGGAUUCAUCAAAGUAUCUUGAGUCUUGUUCAAAAGGUCGGUGACCUCAGUGGAGUUGAAACGAAUAUGGGUGCUCUGGAAAUGAAUAUGAGUAUGGUGUCAGCCAGGAAGGCUGACAUAAGUAUACAACUAGAGCAGGAAGAGAGGAGACCGGGAAAGAAGAGGAAGAGAGAAGUUGACUUGUGGAUGCAAAGAGCACAAUCGCUGGAGGAUCAAGUCCACAAGUUAGGAAAAAAAGUUAGAGAGAGGCGUUCCUAUUCUUGUCUCAUGUUGGCGCAUCAGGUCCGUGGCCUUGCGAAUGAAGUGGACAAAUUGCACGAGAAGGCUAGAUUUGAUAACGGUCUCACACUGGCUGUGAAACCGGCCCGAGGCUAUGAACUACAACCAGGUGAACUGGUGGGACAAGCUUCUCGGACAAAAAGGGAUGAGAUCUGGGAUUGCUUGAUGAACGAAGAGGUGCUCCAAGUGGGUGUUUGGGGACAGGCGGGAGUGGGCAAAACCUUUCUCGCGAAGCAUAUACAUGAUCAGAUAGUGCAAGAUUGUUCAAGGUUCGAUGGUGCUUGUUUGGUCAAUGUAUCACAAGAAGGCACUGUUGGUAUGAUACAAACUGAUAUUGUGAACUAUCUCGAACUAGAUUUGACAGAGGUGAGCUGUGUUUACUGGGGCGCAAGACUGCGGGAGGCAUUGCAGGGUAGGAGACUCCUCCUUAUCUUGGACGAUGUUAGGAAACCUUACUCUUUGGAAAAACUGGGUAUAGCCCUAGAAAGAAAUGGAUGCAAAUUGAUCGUGACGUCGCGAUCAAAAGAGGUGUGUGAGCGAAUGAAUUGCCACGAGGUUGUCCAUAUACCAACUCCUCCCGAUGAGAUACCUCAAGAGUUGUUAGAAGAAUUGUAAAAACUAGAAUUAGAAGGGUUGGGGAAGUUGAUGACAAUUUCAUUGUCUGAGCUUAGCUUGACAUUUGUGUAUCCACCGAAUGGCUUUUCUCUGCCUAUUCAUGUUAAAAUACGAGUGCUGUUACUUUUCUUUUGAA